CCAGAGCAGUAGCCAGAGCCGGACAGAGCGGCUGCUCCUCCGCACGGCUCCCUCGCUGCCCGCAGCCCCGGGGUCCCUGUGCUCGGGGCUGCUCUGUCUCCCACCGCACGCUUUCACCAGAGGGUACAGAGGGGACCAUGCCUUCUCCACCAACAUUUCUCCUGCUGCUGAUGCUGCUGGUGCCAGGAGCUGCGGCGAGACAAGGCGAGGCUGGGCAACCUGGGGAAGGCAGCACCCACCUUGCCCAGGGUUCAGGUGGAGGCAGGACUCUGGUGACGAUCUCCUGGUACAGACCAGAGGUCCAGGUGAUGAAGGAGAGGCUGCGCCGGGGCACAGAGGAGGACUCCAAGUCAGUGCAGCAGUACGUGCCGGGGGUGCGGGUGGAGUUCCCACGGCCCCUCAACUCUGGUAGCCUGCACCCAACCAAGGUCCUUCUGCCGUCCAGCACGGACCCAUCUGAGCAGCAGCAAGGGGUCCCCACAGACAGGGAGGGGUCAGAGCCCCAAGCCAACCUCGCCACCAUGUCUGACAAACGGUUGCAAAUCCAGAACCCUUUGUAUCCCGUGACGGAGAACUCCUACAGUGCCUAUGCUGUGAUGUUCCUGUCCCUCAUCGUCUUUGCAGUCGGCAUAAUCGGAAACCUCUCUGUGAUGUGCAUUGUGUGGCACAACUACUACAUGAAGAGUGCCUGGAACUCCAUCCUGGCCAGCCUGGCUUUCUGGGACUUCCUCAUCCUCUUCUUCUGUCUGCCUGUAGUCAUCUUCAAUGAGAUCACCAAGAAGAGGCUUCUGGGGGACAUAUCCUGUCGCAUCGUGCCCUUCAUGGAGGUGUCGUCGCUGGGAGUCACCACCUUCAGCCUCUGUGCUCUAGGCAUUGACAGGUUCCACGCUGCCACCAGCCCCCAGGCCAGUGCCCGGCCCAUCGAGCAGUGCCAGUCCAUCAUCGCCAAGCUGGCUGUCAUCUGGAUAGGGUCCAUGACGCUCUCGGUGCCAGAGAUCCUACUCUGGCAGCUGACACAGGACACAUCGCCCGUGUCCGGUGUGGUGACUGAGUAUUGCACCAUGAAGCCCUCAUCCAACUUGCCUGAGUCCAUCUACUCGCUGGUGCUCACCUACCAAAACGCUCGCAUGUGGUGGUACUUUGGUUGCUACUUCUGCUUGCCCAUCCUCUUCACCGUGAGCUGCCAGCUGGUGACCCGGAGGAUCAGCAGCACUGAGAAGAAGACUGAGUGCCGAGGGACCAAGCACAGCCAGUGUGAGAGUCACUUGAACUGCACCAUCAUUGGGCUGACCGUCAUCUAUGGGCUUUGUACCAUCCCUGAGAACGUCUGCAAUAUCGUGGUGGCCUACAUGUCCCCCAACAUGUCCAAGCAGACCUUGGACCUCCUCAACCUCAUCAACCAGUUCUUCCUAUUCUUCAAGUGCUCGGUGACGCCUGUCCUGCUCCUGUGCCUCUGCAGACCCUUGGGCCAGGCCUUCAUGGACUGCUGCUGCUGCUGCUGUGAGGGCUGCAGCCCCGACACAGCCUCCAGUGAGGGCAGCACCGACAGCAAGCUCAAAACGGAGAUGUCCUCUUCCAUCUUCUUCGACAAGCCCCGGGAGUCCCCUCCACCCCUCCUGGCCCUCGGCACCCCUUGCUAAGUGCCACCGGGGAGCUGUAGAGAUUGAUCCACCACCUCCUCCCAAGACCAAACAUUGUUUUGUCAUUAGUGCCCAUGUCUGGAUGUGGAGCAAGUGGAAGAGACAGCACAGGGGGCUGCGCCAUGGGCUUCAAACCCCACAUUGGGCAAGUGGGGCUUGAAACCCCAGGUCUUGUGGCUAUAUUGGCAGCCUUCCUGCCUCUGCCCAAAGGCCAGCAAAGACAUCAGCGCCCUCCCGUCCUGGCUGCCUGGCCAGGCUCAGAGGGGUUGCUGCUCUGGGGAUGGAAUUGUGCCAGAAUGGUCCCAUCUGAAACUACAGAGGGUUUCCAUGGCAGCUUGCAGAGGACAUAGGAUACAAAUUGCCCUCGUCCUGUCCCACCCCCUCCUGCCAGUCCUCUACACAGUAGGAGAAGGUCCCAAUGACUAUAUCCCACCAGAUCCAAGCCAUGCCCUGUGAGAGCUCAAUAAACCAGUAACCUAGAGCACGUUGUGGAUGCAGCCGUGCAGCACCGAUGAGCAGAGCCACGGCAAGCCAGUGCCUGGCACUUGGAUGGCUCUUUCCCAAAACCUGUGGGCUCUGGGGUGGACAUGGGGAACUGGGGAGGGCACGAGGGCAGGAAAGCAGCUGUGCCAGGUCAAGCAACACCCAAGCGCAAUGGGAAAAGGCCGUCUGCCGCCCGCCCUCUGAGGCGAUACUGAGCAAGCUGGUGUGAGCCAACACCCUGGUAGUGUCCUCUCCAAAGCACCAGGCUUGGGAUGGUUUGUAGGACUCAAACUGGUGUCAGUAAAGCCCAGCACUAGGCUGAGGUGCUCCCCAGCCUUCAAGGCAGGUGGUUCCUCAUCUAUGCAGGACCAAAGUGCUGCAGGUGGGACCAGCACCCCUGGGGCAGCCAAUUGGGUGACAGUAUCUCAUCCAAACACCUCCACGCAGGGCUCCUGGCAUUCAUCUCUCUGCCCAUUGCAGGACCAAACUUGUCCAGGACAAUGGUUCCAGGGCAUCAUGGGUUCCAGAUCCCACAUCUGCCCCCUGCCCAGGGCUCCUGCACCCACGGGGACCCAUGAGGAGCAGCCUGGCCAGUGGGACGGGGCUGAGGCACGCUGGCCACAGCGGCUGCGUCCGUGGGAGCUCUGAAAGCUCCUUGUCUUGCGCUGGCGCCUGCCCCAGCCUGUGAAAUGCCGGGGCGAGGGAGACGGUUGCCAUAGCUGGGUGAAUGCAAGGGGCUCACUGUGCUCUUUGUGCGGCACCGACACCCACUGGGCUUUGCUUUCGCAGCCCUGUUUCCAGGGAAACAAAAGCCCCAGUUUUCUCCUGAGAGCACAAAACUGGGUUUUUCCUUUCCUCCCCCUGCCAGCGCUGGGCCCCGCAGUGUGGGAGCAGCCGGGAAGAAGAGGGAGCUCAUCCUGAGGAGGGGCUGGAAGGGGGGAGAGGAGCCCAGGGUGCUCUCGCCCCCUCGCAUCCCCACGGGCAAGCGGGAUCCUCGUGGGGUUCGCUGGCGGUGGGAAGGGAGCGGGGGCAGCGCUCAUGAGCUUGGUCCGUGCCACCCUGUCCUGAGCCCAGGCCAAGGGCGAACAAAGCACAGAUUGUUGUUGCGGGAGGAGGAGAACGGUCAGGGAGGGCGCGGGCAGCACGGGCCCCACGCAGGCAGAGCCCCAGGCUGGGCCAACCCCGGCCCUGUGUCCCCAGGAAGCCAGGGAGGGGAAGGGGUGGUGCUGGGGGGCAGCCCCAGAGCACACAGGGCCCCCCAAAAAUGGGGCAGGGCACCCCCAGCAAUGGACACAGCCCCCAGAGGACACGCAGCAGGGCCCCCAGCAGCGGGGCUGGGACUACCCAGCAGUGGCCACAGCUCCCAGAGGACACAGGGCCCCCCAAAAAUGGGGCAAGGCACCCCCAGCAAUGGACACAACCCCUCAAGGACACAGGGCCAGAAAUGGCCACCGCCCACAAAGGACAUGGCAGGGGAUUGGGAGCCGGGGAGGAGGCAGCAGCAGCCACAGUGCUCAGAGGACAUGGGGCAAGGCCCCCCAGCAAUGGGGCAGACCCCCCCAGCAGUGACCACAGCCCCCAGGAAGGGGUUUUUGCAGGCAAGAGGGCAGGGAGAGAGAGUAGAAGCUCUGCAGCAGCCCUGCUCCAAAGCCAGCAUCAAAGCAGGCAGACCUGGUACAUGAAAUCCAGUGGUUUCCAAGCUCAUCUUUGCAACCAGAUCAAGAUAAUGAGGCAUCCGGAGCCAUCAGAGCUGGCUCCGACACUUCUUGGGCGAGUAGGAGAGUGCCCAGUGCAGCCUGAGCCCUGGACCCUGCAUGUGUUCCCAGGUACAGGCAACGAGGAGGGAUGGAGGGCAGCGAUGGCAAGGAAGCAAAGUGACUGCAACCACAGCCCCCAACGCAAAAUUGUUAAUUUAUUAUUAUUAGGAGGCAAAAAAAUUGUACAGUUACAAGAAUCAUUUCCUAACAGAGGUCAAAUCUGAGCCAAAAUAUCUCUUAAAAAAAAACAA